AACGCAUCGCGCGCACGGUUCUAAUCCAACACCUAAAAAAACUCAAGAGUAACUCAACAGCCGAACAAACCCUCUCGUGAUAGACGAAGCAACGCUACUAUUAUCAAUAUUAUCUGACCUCAGGAAGCAGCACGUGAUUGACUAAUCUUUAUACAGGAGUUCGUUUCCAUCCGUCCGGCAGAAUGCGUCUCAUAAGGCGGCGUAUCUCCCCUCUCAAGCUUGCCAUUUUGGGUGGCACGCUUUUUAUGGUGGUCCUCGUGGUUCUCCAGAGAGACGUCGGCAGCAGUUCCCUACAGGACCCCUGGCUGCGAGAUCUCUCUGACAAAAAAGAAAGAGUGUUCGAGAUGGUCCGCGGGGCGGUCAACAACUUCGGUUUCCAGAUCGGAGCUCCGCAGCCCCCGCCGGUUGAGAUUGAGCCCACCCCUGACAAACAAUGUCCUCCGGGCUUCUACACUCAAGCGGACCUUAAACCUUGGAUAGAGAGACCACCCCAGGACCCUCAGGCUCCAGGGGCCGAUGGCGCGGCCUUCCAGAAGGCCAGCAUGUCUCCGCAAGAGGAGAAGGAAAAAGAGGAGGGCAUGACCAGGCACUGCUUUAACCAGUUUGCUAGUGACCGGAUCUCCUUGCACCGCAGUCUCGGUGAUGACACCCGUCCCCCCGAGUGUGUCGAGCGAAAGUUUCGCCGGUGUCCUCAGCUUCCCACCACAAGCGUGAUCAUCGUUUUCCACAAUGAAGCAUGGUCGACACUUCUACGUACCGUGUACAGCGUGCUGCACACCUCGCCGGCAGUUUUCCUUAAAGAAAUCAUAAUGGUGGAUGAUGCCAGCACAGCAGACCACCUACAGAGUAAACUGGAUGAGUAUGUGAAGUCGCUGAAGAUCGUGAAGGUUGUGCGUCAGCCUGAGAGGAAGGGACUGAUCACGGCAAGGCUUCUGGGGGCAAGCAAAGCUCAGGGAGAUAUCCUCACCUUCCUGGAUGCCCAUUGCGAGUGCUUCCACGGUUGGCUUGAGCCACUCCUGGCUCGUAUUGUGGAGGAACCCACUGCGGUGGUGAGCCCCGAAAUCACGACCAUCGAUUUAAACAGCUUCCAGUUUCACAAACCCGUGCCGACUGCCCGUGCCCACAACAGAGGCAACUUCGACUGGAGUCUCACGUUCGGCUGGGAAUCAAUUCCAGCCUAUGAAAAUGCUAAACGCAAGGAUGAGACGUAUCCUGUAAAAACACCAACUUUUGCUGGUGGCUUGUUUUCUAUAUCCAAGGCCUACUUUGAGAAAAUUGGGACCUACGAUGACAAAAUGGAGAUUUGGGGUGGUGAAAAUGUCGAGAUGUCUUUUAGGGUGUGGCAGUGUGGUGGACAGUUGGAGAUAAUUCCUUGUUCUGUUGUGGGUCACGUCUUCCGCACCAAGAGUCCUCACACUUUCCCCAAAGGUACAGAGGUCAUUACACGUAAUCAAGUGCGUCUGGCUGAGGUGUGGAUGGACGACUACAAGCUGAUUUACUAUCGACGCAAUCAAAAUGCUGCUAAAAUGGCCAAGGAUAAAAACUACGGUGAUAUAUCGGACCGUCUAAAACUCAGAGAAACGUUACAGUGCAAGAACUUUACUUGGUUCCUAAACACCAUCUAUCCAGAGGCUUUUGUCCCUGAUCUUACCCCGAUUAAGUAUGGAUCUCUAAAGAACAGUGGAUCACAGCAAUGUCUGGAUGUUGGAGAAAAUAACAAUGGUGGAAAGGCUAUGAUUAUGUACACGUGUCACAACAUGGGUGGUAAUCAGUACUUUGAAUAUUCAUCACACAACGAGCUGCGGCACAACAUAGGAAAGCAGCUCUGUUUGCAUGCGACACAUUACCCAGAGCAAGUGAAGAUUGAACUCUGUACAUUAAAGGGCAAAGGCACCAGCCAGGCUCCUGAACAAGAGUGGGUGUUUACAGAAGAUCAUCUAUUAAAGAAUCCCGGCUCUGGAAAGUGUCUCCACCUUAAAGGCAAUCAGAUAGUAAUGAGUCCUUGCAAUCCAGUAGACCUUCACCAGCACUGGGCUUUCAAUUGAACUCGCACUCCAACCAAGAGGCAAGGACGUUCACUCCCAUAAGACCCAAUUGGGAGAGCCAGCAGUCACGGCUCGGGCUGAAAUAAGUCUGACUAUUGUAAGCCUGACUGGAAGUGUAUUGGAUAGAUUAUAUAUCCAUAAGCUACCAAAAGACAUUGCGAUGGUACUUGGGUCAGGACGCAAAUGCAGAUCAUGCACAUCAAACCCACUGAAGCGUUGAAAAGUGAACAGUUCAGCAGCAACACCAUUUACUGAUGGCUAUACAUUUUAUUGACUGUUUAAUUAUGAAUCCUGCUGCUUUUUUAAUGGUGUAGGUUUUAUUUAUUUAUAAAGAAGUGGACAUUUGUUCGUGUUAAGGCCCUUGAGUGGCCAUUCUUGCCAAUGCUGUGUGGGUUUUGUCUGAAUUGAAUAAUUUGCACCUGCUGCAGGGAAUAAGGGGUUGCCUUUCAAAUGCAGGACCAGUUUUUUGGUCCCUCUUUAGUCUCUUGGAACUUGAACCAUCAGUAUGUGUAGUGUAAAUAAUGUCAUUUAUGUGCGAUUGCAGAGGGAUGAUGUCUUUUUGGGAGUGUGACUCUAAAGCUGUAUGAAUUCACCUAAAACUGUUUAUAAAUGUUAAGUUUAUUGUUCUUUAUCAAACUUAAAUACACAAUGACUUUGCAAGUCUGUAGUAUUUUGAAAAUUUCAAUAUAAUUUAUGAACGUU